GUGAAUUAAUGAUAUUUUCUAUAUUUAUUGUUAAUUUAUUGUCAUGCUAAAUAUCGGCUGAUCAAGUGUUUUCUUGGCUUUCAUUCAACAUGGAAUUUUAAUUUAAAAUUCUCAACAAUGAGGAGAUGUUUUGUGCUAACUUUUAUACUAGUCUAUUUCGUCGGUAAUUAUCACGUGAUUUAUACGGAAGCUGCGGUAUCAGACAAAUGGGGUAAUAAUAUCGCCGACGACGGCACUAUCACAUGGGUGGAUAUUCCCGUCGGGAAUUUAUCAUAUGUAACGACGAAUUCUUAUGACGAUGGGGGACUCGGACAAGUUUUUGCAUUUUCAAGAAGUUUUAUAAAUACAGUUCAACCAGGAGGUUUUCCUCUGGAUGUACUAGAAAAGGCUCUUAAUGGAAGUUUUGACAUUGGCAAAGAUUAUAUGCAGUUGGUGGAUUACUCGAUGGGGUUUGCGAUCUGUUUUGCUAUAGGUCUACUAUUUGUUGUUUUAUUACCAUUAUGUGGUUGCUGCAUCUGUUGUUGUCGUUGUUGCUGUGGAAACUGUGGUGGAGAUCUUAAGGCCGUAUAUAACAAGAAUGAAGACUGUAAAAGGAUGGGUCUGGCACAGGCGUUAUUUCUUAUGGUCAUUUUAAUGGCCGGUGCUGCGGGCUGUGUAUGGAUGACAAAUGGACGAUUUUCUGUAGCUAUUGAUUACACUGAAAACAACCUAAUAACAAACCUAGAUGAUCUGGAAACAUUCUUUGCUAACAUAGUUGAUCAAUUCAAGUACCUCUCAUCAGACAUGUAUAACCUUAUACAGACAGCUAUAAUUGAUGAUAUCACAGAUAUCGGAGGUGUGAUAGAAACGGCAAUAUUUAACAACCUGGGUAUAGACGCUGUAGUUAAUGCUGUUAUACAACUUGACGGAACCAUCAACAACAUCAGCGAUGCGCUUGAUCAGGUAAUUUCAGAUCAGAACACGUUCAUUUCUGCGACAAACAACCUUACUACAGCUAUGAACGAUCUCGGGACUGCCAUUGACACCACAAAGACUACAUGUUCAUCAUCCGGUGUAGCGUGUCAAACUGCCUGUGAUAACAUGGACACUACAGCUCUGAAAUCUGGGGCUGCGGACUUCAGUUCGUUGCCUGAUUUAAGUUCAGUAAAGUCGAGUGUGGAUGAUGUCAAAAAUAUGAACUUGUCUGACAUUGCUCAAGCGGCAAAUGCUUCAAUACAGGACGUCUCCAAUGUAAUAAACAACAACACUGCCGCUAUCAAAACCCAGAUAAACGACACGAUGAAUGAGUUUGCAGGAACCAUUGGCAACAUGACAAAUGAUUUACUAGACGCUCUGAAUGGGACUGUCGAUUCUUCCGGUUUAAAGUCUGGUCUAGGGGAUUUCUUCGGUAUGAUCAAAGGAUAUGAUACAUACAGGGUUUAUUUUGGGUAUGCAUUGACCGGACUGUUUACAAUUAUUGUGGUACUGGCUCUGCUUGGUAUCUGCUGCGGCUGCCUCGGACAAGACUCGGACAAACUACCUACUGAAAGAGGCUUCAUGUCCAACUUAGGGGGAUGUCUUCUCAUUAUACCGGUCAUUAUGAUGUUUAUUGUUGGGUCUUUGUUGAUGUUACUGACUACCUUGACGUUUAUGGUGGGAGGCAACAUGGAGAAGUUAUGUCAACCCAUGCAAGACCUUACACUCUUCAGCGAGUUUAUAGACAAAGGAGCAAUUAGUGGACUAAGUAUUGGUGUGAUGCUGCAUAAUAAUGAAUCCUACAACCUUGGUUUUUAUGAUCUUCUUCUUGGAUGUCGGGCUAACAAGGCUCCCUUUAAAUUACUUGGUCUUAAUCAUCUGUUACCUAUAGAGCAGUAUCUUAACCACUCACAGUACACAUCAACAUUGAGUGGUGACAUGUCUGGGAUGACCUCCAUUGAUUUAACUAGUUUUUCUAUAUUGACACCGGAGAUGGAAACAGCAUUGACAGACAUGCAGAAUUCUGGAGUGACGGAUAUAGAUUUUGCGGCCAUUAACUCAACAUUGAGUCAGGAUUUAGUGAGUGUGGAUUUUAAUUCACUAAUCACAGCCAUGGAGACAAUACGAGACUCGUGCAGUGGUGCAACUUAUACGAGAUGGGAUAAUCAUGUUAAUGAAAUGAAGACCAUCCGUGACGUCAAACUACCUGAAGUGUCUACCGCACAGGCAAAUUUAAAAACGUCCGUAGCUAAUUUAGAAGUUGCCAUUGGAGGUUUAGAUGCAAGCCUCAAUAACACAUUGACAACUGCUAGACAAGCAGACGACCAGCUUCAAAACAACGUGACGGCUGUUAUAACUGACGCUAUCAACGAUUUUGUCGUUAGAAUUACCUCAUAUUUAGAACAGUUCGCAAAUGAAGCCCUGGACAUAGUAUACAAUGAAAUAGGAAGAUGUCUACCUUUGUGGAACCUGUAUGAUUCUUUAACUUCUAUCAUAUGUAAAUACAUGGUUGAGUCACUGAACGCAUUUUGGUUCGGCACCGGUUGGGGACUGCUGUUCUUUAUUCCAGUGAUGGUCUUAUCCAUGAAACUGUCGAAAUAUUAUAGACGAAUGGACAAACAAGAGGGAUUCAAAGAAGAAGAGGAUCCGCUGGACGAAGAUAUCGACGAUUUCGAAGUCCGAUAUGACAUGAUGAGAAGACAAAACAAAGUCGCUCCAGAUCCAGAUUUUAUUGACUGAGAAACAGCACUCAACACUAGUGCUGAACAUUUACAUCAU